AUGUUCAAGAUCCUGCUUGUCUGCGCCCUUGCCGCCCUGGUGGCCGCUAACGCCAAUGUCGAGGUCAAGGAACUGGUCAACGAAGUGAACCCCGAUGGCUUCGUCAGCAAGUUGGUCCUCGACGACGGAUCGUCCUCCUCGGCCACCGGAGAUGUCCACGGAAACAUCGACGGAGUCUACGAGUGGAUCUCCCCCGAGGGCCAGCACGUUCGUGUGAGCUACAAGGCCGACGAGAACGGCUACCAGCCCCAGAGCGACCUGCUGCCCACUCCCCCUCCGAUCCCAGAGGCCAUCCUCAAGGCCAUCGCCUACAUCCAGGCUCAUCCCAGCAAGAACUAA